AUGACCAAGGUGUAUGACGAGUCCGACAUGAGCGAGACAACUUUGCUCGAAGAACUGACCAUUCCAUUGACUGAUCCAGUGGAAAGGAUUGCGAUGAUGUUGACUCCUGCAACAUCCCGUGCAAUAGAGUGGCUCCCCGAGACAAUCUUGACAUUUGUAGACCCCAUCCUGAUCGCAGACGACACAUCUCCUAUCUUCUGGAGGAGCUUCUCAAUCCAGGAGCAAUGUUUGAACGACACUCCAAAGGUUUACAUUCACUUGCCAUUGUUUUUGGAAGCUGAAAAGGCUCGAAUGAGCCUUGGUCUUGCUCAUAAGUAUUAUCAGGACAGUCUUCCCAAGGGAGAGUUAGGCAUGGACCUGUAG